CGAAAGAAGGGUUUUGAGGGUUUUCGCACCUUUUGCUCUUUCCUCGUCAAUUUCUUUGUUUGGUUGGGUUGUUCUUUGUCGCAUCCAAAGAUGAAGCUCGUCAGGUUUUUGAUGAAGUUAAACAAUGAAACUGUGUCAAUCGAGCUGAAGAAUGGGACUGUGGUCCAUGGAACCAUCACUGGCCUUAUACAAGUCGCGAUCUGUUCCCUAAUUUUCAAUUGGCCCUAAUCGCAUCCUUGUGAUCACAGUAGUAGGUUGAGAAAACACACUAUUAGAUUCAGUAGUCGCAAAGGUAUAUUUAUUGAAGUUAAGCUUGAUGAUUUGGGCAGGUGUUGAUGUGAGCAUGAACACUCACUUGAAGACAGUGAAAAUGAGCCUCAAGGGGAAAAACCCAGUAACUAUUGAUCAUCUUAGCUUGAGGGGUAACAAUAUCCGCUACUACAUUCUUCCUGAUAGCUUGAACCUCGAGACUUUACUUGUGGAAGACACUCCUAGAGUUAAACCUAAGAAGCCUGUUGCUGGGAAGGCUGUUGGACGCGGUCGUGGACGUGGUCGUGGUCGUGGUCGCGGCAGAGGUCGUUAGAUGUAGCACUGCACUGGAAAAAGUUGAAGGUUUGUGAGUUAAAUUUUUAGGAGAAUGUACCGAGUUAUGUAUCUAGCAAUUCUGGCAAAGCAAAGAUUUGAUUACGAAAUGGUAUGAUUGAUGCUAGUAAGGAGUUACUAUGUAAUGGAAUUCCAUGGAUAACAAGAUUUAGCUUUACAUGUUA